AUGGUAGAGUCAAGCAAAGGAAGGGAAGGGCAAAUCGGCAUAAGCUACCCAAUGCUCACUAAAACCAACUAUACCGCCUGGGCUAUGAAGAUGAAGGUAUUCUUGCAGGCAUACAAUGUGUGGGAAGCAGUAGAGCCCAAAGACCCCAAGACAGUCAUUGAGGACAAGGCAGACAAGCGGGCUAUGGCGAUGAUUUAUCAAUCUAUCUCAGAAGAAUUGUUGUUGACGCUAGCAGAACGUACGACUGCAAAAGACAUGUGGGAGGCUAUUAAAACGGCUUCUCUGGGUGCUGAUAGAGUCAAAAAGGCUAAGGCACAAACUCUCAAGGCUGAGUUUGAGUCAUUAACCAUGAAAGAUUCAGAACAAUUGGAUGAUUUUUGCUUGAAAUUGAAUGGCUUGGUCGCGAGGAUCAGGGCACUUGGUGAAUCAAUUGGAGAAGCGUAUGUUGUGAAAAAGAUUUUAAGGGCAGUGCCAACAAAGUUUCUACAGAUUGCUUCAGCCCUUGAGCAGUUUGGAAACCUUGAAACAAUGUCCAUUGAGGAGGUAAUCGGCUCUUUGAAAGCUCAUGAGGAACGUCUUUCGGGACAGGUGGAGAGCAAGGAGGGUCAGCAACUUUUGAUGACUGAGGAAGAAUGGUCCAAACAUGAAGCCACAAAUGGAAAGCUCUUGCUUACACGAGAAGAGUGGCUGCAACGAUCAAAUCGAGGUGGAAACCAAAGAAGUCGUGAAAGAAUCGACAGGAGUAAGAUUAAGUGUUUUAAUUAUGGAACAUAUGGCCAUUUCGCAGCGGAGUGUAGAAAGCCAAAAAGGGACAGAGUGCAGCGUGGUGAGGCAAAUCUAACUUAA